UACACAUUUUGCUAAUUAGGUAGGUUUGCCAACUUAAAUAGAGGACCGACCACCAAAAACCCACCUCCACCGUCUCCAAACAUUCACGCUUCAAUCCAAUUUUGUCCACAUUUCUUCUUUGCAGCUUUCUUUUUCAGUUUUUUUUUUUUUUUCCAUCUUUUUCAGUUUUGCUCAUACUCUAUUCUCCCUCCAGCUCUACCGGCAGCCAUGGCCCAUGAAAAGCGUGGAGCCCACCACUGAAAAUGUUCGUUUCCGUACUGGGCCCAGGACAAAUCAGGCCGUACCUUUACACGUCUCACUUUUAUAAAAAUAAUAAUAUUCUGCCUCCAUUUUUUUAUUUAUAAAAGCUAACCAACCCGUCUAUCUUCUCUCCGUAGAAAGAAAGCAAAGUACCACCCACCAGCCACUUCCUCACUCCCCUGUUUCUGCUUCUUCGUUCCCUCUCUUUCUGCCUCCGACACAUGAGAGAAGGAGCUGGACAAUCGUGCGUGAGAAGAAUCAGCUGCCUGUGCCAAGUCUGUUCCCGCCCCAGAUUACGAUUACGAUGGACGCCCCAGAUUUGUCGCCCCCGCCCCACGUGGACGCAUCCAGGCCCUCCCUCGGAUUCCCGCUGGGGACUGCUCUGCUUCUCGUCGUCAUCUUCAGCCUGAGUGGCAUCUUCUCCUGCGGCUACCACUGGGACAAGCUCCGCUCCCUCCGCCGCGGAUUUUCGCGUGACCCCGCCGCCGGCGAGGAUCUGGACAUUGAAGCUCCGCCCUUCAAACCCAUGCCUCCCCACUUUGAUGUGAAGCCGAGUAAAGAAGAGAGCCUGCCGGUGGUGAUGCCGGGGGAUCGAAUUGCAAAGUUCAUGGCAUUGCCGUGUCCGUGCCAGCCGGCCAGAGCAGAGAGAGUGGUGCUCAAAGUGGAGAAGAAGCCUCCCUCUAAGCCGCCGCGGAUUGCGGUGCCUUUCUAUUAGGAUUCUUUCUUUCUAUAUAAUAAUAAUGCUCAUUAAUUUAGUUGAUGAUCAUUUCAAGGAAUCGAAUGGGGUCUGGGAUAAUCGUAAUUGGUUUUUUGGGUGGAUUACACAGAGUUGGAUGAUCUUUCACCUUAUUAGCAGUUUUGUUGUGUGUGGAAAAAAGAAAAAGAACAAGAAGAAUUCCGACUGUUCCACUUCAUCCCUCUUGAUUGUUGGUAUUCCGGCCAGUAACUCUAGUAAUAAUGGGGGAAGCUUUCUUUCAAUUAUUCGAUGGGGGUUACAGCUGCCAAACCAAUAUUCGCGCCAUAGGUGAUCUUGCAACAGCAUUAAAUAAGGCAUGACGGGGGAUUUUGGUCUCAGAAGUUUGGAGAAAGGAGAAAGAUAGCAUCAAUCAGAAAGUCGAAGUAAAGUACUGGAUCGCUCCACUAAGGGCGGUUCGAUGCGGUGCGGCUUGGCAUUAUGCAGAGAUUGUAACAUAGGCAUAAACAAAUAUAGCAGCGAGACAUCCGCCAUUCUGAACUUGCCUCCAGUUAGCACCGGCUAUUUGGUCUGGACUGUUUGGUUUUACUCGGAACGGGAUCGUAUAAUCCGGACCGGGAUUGGACUAGGAUCGGAUAACAAACAAUCCAAUAUCAUAUUUGGGCUUAGAUUUGAGGUAAAAAACCAGAAUAAAGAUCGGAUAAGGGACCCCCAACACCUAAAAUCAAGAUCAAAUUAGGAACGGACCGGGUUAAGACCGGACCGGAUCAAGACCGGAUUGUAUCCUAUCCAAUCUUUGGUCCUUAUAUUCCCGAAAAAACCGGACUCGGACCGGAUCAAUUUGGUCCAAUUUAACCAGACCAGACCGUAUAGCCACCCCUGCCUCCAGUAUGGGAACGGAUCAGGUCAGUAACCUUAUGGUGAGUAAUCAUGGUUAACCUGCCUACAUCACCAUGACAUUAGUAUCCCUCUCUCCUGGAAAGCCUUUAAUUUUCUCCUCCUUAAUCUCUGACGGACGAUUUCUCACACGUUUUAAGUCAAAAUUUAAUUUUUUGCACAGUUAGAUCAGAUUAAUUGUGCUCUUCAAAAUGAUAUCCACUUUGAUAUAUUUUUCGAACAAAAAAAAUUGAGUCAUUUUUUACCAGUCUAUACCAUAUGGUAUUGACUGGUAUUGAAAUAAGAGCAUACCUAUGGUUUGAAAAAUGUACCAUGGUGGUAUGAACAAACCAAGAAUGUAGAAUGGUUGAAUACAUGAUAGUAAAAAUAUAUUAACUGUUAUUUACGACUUUUAACAUUGUGUACCAUAAGAUACCACCCCGUACCAGGGCGGUAUUGUAUGGUAUUGUGUGAUAUUUUUUGGUCCUGUAAUUUGUUCACCCAGAAAUUUGUAGAUCCAAUAGAUCAUGAUGAACUCGUCCCUUUUGUGCAAACGGUUUCAUAAACGAAUUAAAAACGAAGAAGAUACCAUAUGGUAUGCAGUUGGUACCGAGAGGCCAUAAUUUUUUCUUCUAAAAAAAUAUUGAAAAUUGA